GAAAAACAAAAUAUUAGUAAGAAAGAUCCCUUUCUUGGAAGUAGAAUAAAUACUAAAGCAGAAACCAAUUCUUGGUUAAAAAACCCAAGAUUUAAUAAUGUGAGAAAUGGUAAAAGCAAUCUAACUCGAUAUGGGAAUUUGGUUAGUGGGAUUGUAUUUAUUAGCAGUAGCAGUCCAAAAAAGUGGAUGAGUAGAGGCCCCUCAACCUCAAUCAUAUCAGUGUAGAAGAAGCCUCUCUUCUCUCUCUCUCUCUGGGCCGCAUUAAACUUAGUGAGAGAGAGAAAGAAGUAGUGUCUGUUGAACUGAGAAAAUUGAGAAUGGCAGGGAAUUUUGCUCAACAUUUUAUUCACUCCACCUUCUGCAAUCUACUUGCGUGAAAAUCUCGGUUCACGCAAACCGUGAAAAGCUGCUGUUUUUUUGUGAGUAUUCACAAUUCUUACCUAUAGUGGUGGCUACAAGAUUUUUGUUGUGGUGGAAAUGGGCGGAGAAGGUGGUGGCGCUUCCCGGAAAUUCAGGAGAGCCGCCAAGAAACUAUUUGUACAGACAUGUGGAUCUUUCUGCCAAAGACAACAAACCCAUGUUGACGCCUCUUCUGCCACUACUAUUUCUUGCGAUUCACCCAAUUAUGCGUGUCCACCGGAAAAUCCGAGCAGGAACAUUUCUUGCAAGAAGAUGACGCCGGAUGCCACUUUAACUACCAGCCCCUCUUCUAAUAAGAGUUUGUGUGCAAUAUGUCUGGAGGCUUUAAACUACAGGUCGGGCAGCAGUCCGGGGCAGGCCAUCUUCACGGCGCAGUGCUCCCACGCCUUCCAUUUCGCCUGCAUUUCCUCCAAUGUCCGCCACGGCAGCGUCACCUGCCCCAUUUGCCGCGCUAACUGGACUCAGCUGCCUCGCAACUUGAAUUCCCGAUGCUCCCUCCACUCCAACAAGGCUGACCCCAUUCUGCAGAUCCUCGAUGACUCCAUCGCCAAUUCUCGUGUCCACAGGCGAUCCUUCCUGCGCUCUGCUCGCUAUGAUGACGACGACCCCAUCGAGCCUCACCACACCACCAACCAGCCUCGUCUCCAUCUCUCUCUCGCCCAUCCCGCCUUCCAUUCCUCCACCUCCUCCUCAAUGGCUGAAUCACCGACCCCACUGCUGUGCUCCUCCCCGAGCAGCAGGGCUUAUCUCCGUGUGAAACUAGCCCACCAGCCUGCAACGGACCUGGUCCUCGUUGCAAGCCCCAACGGCCCACACCUCAGGUUGAUGAAGCAGGCCAUGGCCUUGGUGGUUUUCUCACUCCGGCCCAUGGACCGCCUGGCCAUUGUGACCUACUCCUCUGCUGCUGCACGCGUCUUCCCCCUCAGGCGCAUGACUUCAUACGGGAAGAGGACCGCAUUGCAGGUCAUUGAUCGCCUCUUCUACAUGGGUCAGGCGGACCCGAUGGAGGGGCUCAAGAAAGGGGUGAAGAUACUCGAGGACCGCGUUCACAAGAACACACAAUCUUGUAUCCUGCAUCUAACAGACAGCCCUUCGAGAUCCUACCGUCAGUUUGACAUGGAGGUUGGUGUCACGAUCCACAGGUUUCACGUUGGGUUCGGUUUUGGGGCGUCCAACGGAUUCAUCAUGCACCAGUUCGAGGAAUUCCUGGCUAGGACGCUGGGAGGAGCAGUGAGGGACGUGCAGGUGAGGAUCGAUCAAGGCACGAGGAUCGUUAGGAUUGAGGAGCUGAGGGGGGGCGAGGAGAGGAAUAUACCGAUAUAUCUACCGGAUUAUGGACCCUUGCGUGUGGACUACAGCUACACGGAAGGCGGAGGCGAUGGGGAACGAGUGAGACGAGGGGAGGCCGUGGUGGGCGUGGCAGAGAAAGGAGAUGGGAGUGGCGAUGGAGAUGGAGAUGGGGUGGGCAUAGGUGGAAGGAUGAGCAGUGCUGAGAGCUGGGAUUUUCAUGAUCCUUUCAUGGCUAGAAGAUGGGCUAAACAUUUGCAUGGUUAUAGGCUUUAGAUUCUUCUUUCUUGCAUGCAUUGUAAUUCUACACACACAUGUUUUACUCAUUUCAUUUAAUCUUUUUCUUUAUGAAAAUGUGGUUUAAGUUCAAAUGUAUUCUGGAUUUUUUCAAGAGUGUUAUCAAUUUGAUCAGAUUCGAUCACAUUAUUUAACUAAA